AUGGCACCAACCAAAAACACCCGCGGCAAGCAAGCCUCUAACCAAGUCCCUCGACCGAAGAGAGGCCACUCACCCCCACAUAAUAGGGAGGCUGAGCAGAUCCCCUCACCGGGUCGGAGGUCGCCCACCGUUCAAACUCUGGACCCCCGGUCAGCCUCUCAACAAAUUCAGAAUGUUGAGCCCCAACCGCUCUUUGCGGCCGACAUUGCCCUUAUUACUGCCCAACUCCAAGAAACCUUUCAAAAAGGUAUGAUGGACAUGAUGGCCAUGCUCCAGCAGAGGCAACACCAGCUCAUCCCACUCAAUCAGCCUGAGCACAGAGAGCGCACUAUAGUCCGCUCUCAAAGGGAUCAAAGGGAUGUGCACUCUCGUUCUAAUCGGGAUCAGCAGCCUAGCCGGCCACGAUCCGAUGCGAGGGACCCAAGUCAUCGAGAAAAAGAGAAGUCAGCACGACAGGGGUCGGCCCGUCAGCAUGCGGAGACCCACGUAUCCAAGUCCCCAAGAGGGGGCGCGGGUCGGAAGCCCCAAGACGCCCGGGACUUUCUUAACAAGAAGCGCCUCAGCCAAGGCUACGACGCCCGGGAGUUUCUCAACAAAAAGGCGCAUAACCGAGAGGGUCAUGGGGACUCAGCCCAUUCUCAGCCGCCUAAGCUGACUGGAGUGGGGCUCAAGUUCCUGAUCCCCUUCAGUCAGGAAAUCCUGGGGACCCCAACCCCGGGAAAAAUUAAAACUCCAUUGAUCGAGCCAUUCGCGGGCCUAACCGACCCCGACGAUCAUAUGGCCAGCUACAAAGCUCAGAUGAGCGUUCAGACCAGCUGUGAGGCCACCUGGUGUCAUUUCUUCCCCACCACCCUCAAAGGUCGUGCCCUCAACUGGUUCCAAGAGCUCCCAGCCGGGGUCAUCACGGACUUUGCCAUACUUGAGCACCUCUUCAUCCACCAGUUCGUCGCUGGAAAGAGACAAAGGAAGACCAGCCUCCACCUCAUGGGGGUGAUGCAGGACAAGAAUGAGCCCCUGGCGGACUACAUUAAGAGAUUCAACGAGGAAUCCCUCAAAAUCACCGACUUGCAAGACGCGGUUGCUUUUGCCGCCCUUAUGUCUGGUCUUCAACCAGGUCGGCUCAGGUGGUCUUUGGCUGAGAAUGAGGUAAAAACCUUCUCGGAGGCCAUGCCUAGGGCCCAGAGAUUUAUCCAAGCAACGGAUAUCUGUCGUCAUUCAGACGAAUGGGGCAAGAAAAGGAAAGAUGAGGGGAACCAUAGGGAUCAGCCUAAAUAUCAGAGAACGGGAGGCCGAGGGGACCGGCUUACUGACAACGGCAAUGAUCCUCGGUUCAAUAAAAAUCGGAAAGAAAUCUAUUUUGACAUCAGGAACAAAAAUUGGCUUCCUAAGCCAGCACCCAUUCGGACAUCGUCGUCUCGAAGGAACAAGAGCUUAUGGUGCGAUUACCACAAAGAAUGUGGGCACACCACCAAAGACUGUAGAGAGCUCAAAAAAUCCUUGGACGGUUUAGCCGACCAGGGAAAGCUCAAUCACUACCUAAAGCACUCGACCAAGGAAAAGGGGAAGCAAAAGGUGGGUCAGUCGAACAGCGGGGACACUGAAGGGUUCAUCGGUGUCAUCGCAGGAGGAUUCGCGUCGGGAGGCCUGACCGGCCGAGCACGCAAAGCCCACCUCCAAAAUAAACCUCAAGCAUCAAGUGCUCGAUGUCCAGCUACCCCGACCCAGCUGCCCGGUCAUGACCUUUGGGGAACCCAGUCGGACGUUACAUACGCCACAUGA